AUGGCUGCACAAAUCACUCCUUCGAAGCAGGCUGCUUCCGCCAUUGAGAACUUCAACAUGGAGUCUCCCGUCAAGAAGCUCGACUUCGGCGCCGCCAACAAGGAGAACGAGCCUUUGAACAAGUCCCUCGAUACCACCGACCUCAAGACAAAGAUGGUCGAAGAGCCCAAGAAGGAGGAGACCAAGGCCGCUGUUGCCCCUGGCAUCAAGUCUGAGGAGUCCGAUGAGCCUCUACUUCAAGAGAACCCCCAACGUUUUGUUCUCUUUCCCAUCAAGUACCAUGAGAUUUGGCAAAUGUACAAGAAGGCUGAGGCUUCCUUCUGGACUGCUGAGGAGAUUGAUCUCUCCAAGGAUCUCCACGACUGGAACAACCGCCUGACUGCUGAUGAGCAGUUCUUCGUCUCUCAUAUCCUUGCUUUCUUCGCUGCCUCUGAUGGUAUUGUCAACGAGAACCUCGUCGAGCGUUUCAGUGGCGAGGUCCAGAUCCCCGAGGCUCGUUGCUUCUACGGCUUCCAGAUCAUGAUGGAGAACAUUCACUCCGAGACCUACUCCCUCCUCAUCGACACAUACAUUAAGGAGCCCGCCCAGCGAACCUACCUCUUCAACGCCAUUGACACUAUUCCCUGCAUCCGAAAGAAGGCUGACUGGGCCAUCCGAUGGAUCCAGGAUAAGGACUCCUCCUUUGCCCAGCGUCUCGUUGCCUUCGCUGCUGUUGAGGGUAUCUUCUUCAGUGGUGCCUUCGCCUCUAUCUUCUGGCUCAAGAAGCGCGGUCUCAUGCCCGGUCUGACUUUCUCCAACGAGCUCAUCUCUCGCGACGAGGGUCUUCACACUGACUUUGCAUGCCUCCUCCACUCUCACCUCAAGGGUCGUGCCAGCAAGCAGAUGAUUCAAGAUAUCAUUACUGACGCCGUCACCAUUGAGCAGGAGUUCCUCACUGAGGCUCUUCCCUGUGCCCUUCUCGGCAUGAACUCUGACCUCAUGAAGCAGUACAUUGAGUUCGUCGCUGAUCGUCUCCUCGUCGCUCUUGGCAACGAGAAAGUCUACAAGGCCACCAACCCCUUCGACUUCAUGGAGAACAUCUCCCUUGGCGGCAAGACCAACUUCUUCGAGAAGCGUGUUGCCGACUACCAGAAGGCCGGUGUCCUCCACAGUGCCACUAAGAAGACUGAGGAGGAUGAGUCCCCGAAGGGUGAGAACGGCGGUGACUUCACCUUUGACGAGGAUUUCUGA